GCAGUUGAUAUCGGUUGUUACAGUAUGUUGGCAGUCGCUUAAAAGAGAUACAAGGAAGGUUUAACUCUUUAUUGUCUCCGAUGAGGAAUGGAAAGAGGUAUAAUGGACUCUAACAGUGAAGAUGGAGACUACCAAAGUCUUGAACAUGCCCAGAAACAGGAUGCAGCCCAGUACAGAGUGACGUAUCCUCAUGGUAGAAACACAACAAAUAUGGAUAAAGAUAAAAGUGAGGAAUUUAGCAAAAAGAGGAAUCCAGUGAGUCGUUCCAGCAACCUGGGGAGAGUAAAGCGGGUAGUGUCAUGUAAGAGAAAGACCCAUCAUCUGACGCCUCGGAGGAAGCAGCAUGGGACUGGGAAGACUUAUGAUGCUGCAAACAAGGAGAAUGACAUGGACUGCAGGAAGGACGUUCAACAGGAGGGAUUUGACAUGAACCCUUCAGAGUUCCCGCUAAAUGUCAAUAAUAACCUAAAGACUGGUAGAACUGGCUCUGAACAAGCCGACUACUGUACACUCACUGAGCUCACAAGGGAUCAUAGCACAAUGACUGAGGUGCUCUUUGGAAGAAACCUGAGACUGAAAGUAUCUUUAACACUAUGGCAGAGAAAUGUUGGAGAGCUGUUGAUGUAUUUCCUAAGAAUUCAAGACAUUGGUGUGUUUGUUGAUUUUCUACCACUGAUAAGCAAAAGCAUUGAAGAACAUUCCCAGAAGGUCACCAUUGGCUGUUGUGUUGACCUCUUUCCUUUAGUACGGAGAGUCCUAACCAAUCCAUAUGAAGAGUAUAUCAUAGUUGGUUUAAAGUGGAUUAAUUCAGUUUUGAACAGCUGGUGUGAGGAAUUAAGAACAAGUGGCUAUAGUGGAUCAACAAAGCUUCCAAUGGAUAAAAAUUUCCAGGCAUUUAAUCAGCAGUUAUUGGAGUUAUGGUUUCAGGAACCUUUACUGAAAUCUGUUCCAGGACCUGCUGGAGACAUGGCAAAGGCCAUUGACUCCUUCCUGUCCCAACUAACCUGACGGCAAAAAGGAAACGUACAAAAGAUCUUUCUCCAGGAGCAGCCUCCUAAAACACCUUUAGCAGAAUCAUUUGGAGCUGAUGUUGUUUCUAUGGAAAAGUACCUUUGAGCUUGUACUGUACCUGUCCUGAGAGGACAUCUGUAGUGAUGUAUUUAUUGACUGGAUGAUAGACUUGAAAAGUUUAAAUACUGAGAACGUGCAAUACAAAUGUAAUCCUGUUGCAAAUGUAACUUGAUUGUCAAAGUAGGAUCCUGUAAUCAUAUGAUCAAUGAGAGGUAAAUAAUGUAUGUCAAAGAAACUCGGAUUGUGUCCUGAAUGUAAAAUUGUUAUACUGAUAUAUUGUUUGUGUCUAUCUUCUUUGAUUGAACCAUUGAUGAUAAAUAAAAUGUGUAAUUUAAAUGUAAA